GGCUUUCUGUACACACAACUCCAACGGCUCCAUCCAGAGCAGGAUUCCCUUCAGCAUGGUUCAACAGGGAUUCUCUAUUGACCUCAUUCUAGCAAGGAGCAGAGAGAAGGCAGCAGAUGGAAAGGACUCCAUGAGCUCCAGACCCCACAUUCCCUGUGCUCCACAGCCGCUGCCUCCAAAUAAGUAUGCCAAGGAGAUGCCAAGGAGAAAGGAUGGGCAAGAUGUACAAGAACAUUCCUCAUGCUCCUUAGGGGAACAAGGGAAAAAACUGCAGUAUUCCAGUCUUUCCUCAGCUGCUCUGCACAGGAGUUGGGGGAGCUCAGAUGAUUUCUCCUCUGUGGGUUCAGAAGAUGACAGUACUGAGGGUUCUCCCAGCCCAAUGAGAAAUUCCCAGGAAACAGAGACUGACCACAGUGGGGAAAGUCCCAAAUCAGAUCUCCAGCGCCGCCUGAGAACGGCAUUCACCCCCCAGCAGAUCAGCAAACUGGAACAGGCAUUCAACAAGCAGAGAUACCUGGGGGCAUCUGAACGGAAGAAGCUGGCAACAUCCCUACGGCUCUCUGAAAUACAGGUCAAAACCUGGUUCCAGAAUCGAAGGAUGAAACUGAAGAGGCAGAUACAAGACCAGCAGCACAACAUGGUCCCUCCUCCCGUCUGUUACCCCCAGACCUUCCCUUAUUACCCUGGAGUCCUACCUGUCCCAUUAAACAGCGGAAGCUUUUAUCAGCCCCCGGCACAUCCAUUCCAGGCCCCUCAGAAUUCAUACAUUCCAGAUCCGCGCUUUAUUCCCCAGCCGCUCCCCCACCAUAUUAGGAUGAGUGUCGCUCUCCAGCAACAAUACCCACCACUAGGGUUGCCACCUGGCCGGUAUUUUACUGGCCUGGCCAGUAAAAAUGAUGGUUGAUCCCAAUGUUAUUAAUAGGGAAAAAAGAUAAAUACAUAGGAAGGCCGGCAUUUUUUUCCAGAAAAGGUGGCAACCCUACCCACAACUCUUUGGGGCUCAGUACAUUUGAACUAUGAACCACUGUGGAUUUUGUUGUUUAAAUUAUGACAUAUAACUAUAAUGUAUGUAUUUGUAAAUAGCUGAUAUAUAAUUUAAAAUAUAAUUUUACCUGUACAGUAAAUUAAAAUCUUUUUAUUUAAUUUUUUUA